AUGCUUAAACUAGCGACUGUUCUCUGUCUGGCGGUUUACGUCUACGCAGGCGUUUUACCCGAAUCGCAGGUUGCCACUUACACCGAUGCGUUUGCUCGUGGAAAGAUGCUUGCAAUCGCCUCGGCAGCUUACGCGACGAAUCCGCAAAAAUGCCUAACCAAAAUGUUCACAGGAGGACAGUUGAAACGUCAAAUCAACGUGAAGAACUGCGCGAUGCUGAAGAAUGAUGUGUGCUCUGGAUACACUGCGGUUUCCACCGGUGACAAGGCUAUCAUUGUCGCUUUCCGCGGAACCCAAGGGUUCUUCCAACUCAUUUCCGAGGCCAACAAGAGUAUUUUCGAAGCGCAAAUGAGUUGGGUUGCUGGAGGAAAAGUGUCGAAGUACUUUGGCGACGCUUUCACCAAAGUCUGGAACGCCGGAAUGAAGGACGAUUUCAACGCGCUGUUGGCAAAAUACCCAGGAUACGAAGUUUGGGUAGCUGGACACUCGCUGGGGGGAUCGUUGGCUUCUCUUGCUGCUUCAUACAUUGUCGGAACCAAGUUGGUGGCCGGAAGCCGCGUGAAACUCAUCACCUACGGUGAACCACGUACUGGAAACAAGGCUUACGCUCAAGCUCAUGACAAUCAGCUGGCAUACAGCUUCCGUAUCACGCACAACCGUGAUAUCGUUCCACAUGUUCCAAAUGAGGACUUUGAAGGAUACUAUCACAACAAAUUCGAGGUUUUCUACCACGAACACAUGAAGCCAAACGCGCCAUUCACCGUCUGCAACGGCGACGAAGACAAGAAGUGCUCCGAUGGAUUGUGGAUCACCACCUCCAUUGCCGAUCACCUCCAUUAUUUCGAGAAGGAUGUUUCUGGAUGGGGAGAUAAGGGAUGCAAUUGA